UUAUGAAUUUUUAAUGGAAAAUGGCGGCUUUUCUCAUCCAAAUCCUCGCAGCUCGGAGAUAAAAAAAAAAGCCAAGAACAAGGAGCUUCUUUUUCGGCCAUUGUUUAGCAUCGCGUUGACGCUCCAUUGCCGGCUGUCGGAUGCAAUGAGGGCCUGCUAGCAAGAGGGGAAAGAUGAUAUAUGAAAAUGGAUCUUUUCGCGCUCUGAGGCGAUGAAAGCUCCUUUUUGCUCCUUAACUCUUUCUGUGCCGACGUCAGACCACAAAUAAAAAAAGAAGAUGAUGCGCCAGGUGACAAGCGGCGACUUCUGCAUGAACGCGCGGCCGUCGUGCCUGGCGGAGGACGGCCACCUCCCGGCCGCGCACUUUGACCUCUGCGCCACGCAGCCCAACAAGUUCUACCCUCCUCCGCCGCCGCCGUCGCUCCAGAUGACGCUCGCCCCCAUGGCGCUGCCCGCUCAUAGCCACAAGGCCCUGGUGUGCCCCAGACAGGACGUCCUCGGGGGAGAGCCGCACUCGCCCGUCAAAUGCGGCGAGCCGGCCGCCGUGACGGUGACGGUCGGCGACGACGGCAAAAAGAAGAAGAAGGGCGGCGGCGGGAAGACGGGCCGGAGGGGGCGCCCGCCGGGCACCACCAAGCUGGCGGGCUACAGGACCAGCACGGGGCGCCCUCUCGGCACCACCAGGGCCGCCGGCUUUAAGACCAGCCCGGGCCGGCCGCUGGGCACCACCAGAGCGGCGGGCUACAAGGUGAGCCCCGGGCGGCCCCCCGGCAGCAUCAAGGGCCUCUCCCGCCUCAACAAACUGACGUACGCCGGCACCUGCAGCGGGGCCGCCUUCCCCUACCCUCUCCCCCACAAGGACAUCCUGUGUGAACCCUCGUGCGAGGACAAGAGUCCUACCCACUAAAGUUUUUAUCCCUCAUCAUCCCCUGCUUUUCUAGUCAUGCUUGGAUUGUUUGCACCAUAAAGCGCCCCUUGAACGCAACACCAGGCGCGCGUUGCGUUCACUGACCGCAUCUCCAGGUUAUGCGUUACGCUCACUGACCGCUUCCCCGGAGUCACAUGUUACGUUCACUGACCGCUUCCCCCCGGGUCAUGUGUUGCAUUCACUGACCGCUUCCUUUUGGUCACGUGUUGCAUUCACUGACCGCUUCCCCGAGUCACGCCUGGACAAACGGAGAAGUUUGAAAAGUCAGCAUGAUGUUUGUGAAACUGAGACUAACUAUUGCAAGGCGUGGCUACAAGUUGUCUUUAAAUGUGUCCAAUAAUAAUGCAUGCGAGUGGUGACCUUUGACCUACUAAGGAAGGCUAAUGGCAUCCCUUUGUUCCCAUGGAGACAACAGUGGUGGUAGUUCAUAGACAAUAUUCAUUAGAAUCGUGUAUGAUAUUAACCUGAUCCUUUUUUUGCUAUUUAUUUGUCUUUUCUUUGAAACACUAAAAUGAACAAGGACAACAGUUAGUGAAGUAAGUUAGCAUAUUUGUUAGGCCCAAGUAUUCAUUUCACCAUCUAAAUGUUACAUUUUUGUGCAAUAACGUGUUUCUCCUGAUUGUUGUCGUAUGCUUAGACGUUUGUGUGUCGUGUUUAUGUGCAGCUUGACCAUGAAAAAGCAUCGCCGGCCUUCACCAAAGAACGGGAUCUCCUUUCAUAACGUGAAUACCAAACGAUGAAUUAUGAUGUAUUAUUAUGGUUUUAUCACACACUAUCAGGCUCUACUUCAUGCACCCUUUUCAGGACUUUCUCAAGUCGUGAAUCUCACACAGAUAAAAACAAUAGUUAAAAGCAGAAAAAUAUGUGUAUUAUAAAUGAUGAUGUAGCUUUGAGGAAGAAUUGGCAGCUUGUUUUUUCACUUUAGUACGUCCGCUAUUUUUGAUCACUUUAGUGACUAAUAUGUCUGCAAUUUUUUAUCACUAGUCACUGUUGUAUGUCUGCUAUUUCACUAGUAUUUCUGCUAUUUUUUAUGACGUUUUGUGACUAGUAUGUCUGCUAUUUUUAUGUUCUUGCCAUCAUGAGACUUUUUAUAAUGUCACACAUCGCUGAAGACUUUGUACAUUUCUCAUUUUAUUCCUGCAUGGUCGUUGUGGAAUGUUUAAAAGUUGUGUAUUAA